AUGCCUCCGCCAACAACGGAAUGGCUCGCAGAGCAGUACCACUCUGGUCAAUUUCGCCUGCAAGAGGCGCAUUACGACGUUCUUACGGACAGGGAGCAUGAAGCCCUCUCUAAUGGCUUCAACAGUCUCGCCACACAGGCAUCAGGCGAGUUGCGCCUCACGAGGACAGGUAUUGUAAAGCGCAUUCAAUCUCAACUUCCUCGAGGCUUCCCAAGCAUCUUCGCAGACCUUGUCUAUCGCAUCCUGGCCUACCACAGCACAGCGCCUUUCUACAAGGCUCCAAGCACGCCUCUCCCGGAAUCUCUAUCUCUGGAAGACACCCAACGCGCACUAGCAUGGCUGCUCCCAGAUCGGCAUGUAUUGAUGGCAACGAUAGGAAAUCACGGUCGCACGCGAACGCGCGCCGACCAGCGUCGCCUUCUCUUCCAGAGUCUCGCCACCUGCAGUGUUUCCAAGGAGGACCCAGCUGAAUCUGCUGAUGAAGAUGCACGCCGCCGCUACGCCCAUCGCAAUGCCUUCGAUGUGAAGCAUGAUGAGGAUUAUGCCCGCGUUAACCGCGAUGAUGACGGCGACGAAAUGUAUCACGAUCUUCUUGAUGUACUGCAGCGCAAUGUCCCGGAUAACCAUCCGUAUGGCACGACGCGCGACGAUUUGCGGCCAUUGGCGAAGGAACUCAAGGCGGACUUUGCGUUCCAUGAACUUGGCAUUGACCGCCGUGAAAUGGAAAAAUUCUCCAGAGCGCUAUUGGCCCUACAGUUUGAGACCGCCCAGACUAGCUUGAAGGAUACUGAUCUGGAUUACAUGGGUGACGUUGAGGCAUGCGUUCAGGCUACAUUCUCUACAUCUGCCGGCGAAGUGGGGGAGGACGUCCAUAUCGCGUUUUCCGACCUCAUCGCCUGGCCAGCUUUCGAUCAAGGCCUCAAACAGAUGCCGCAUCUCUUCGAUCCUGUAUACCGCGUUCUCAAUAACGUGCUCCUCAAUGGCGAAGUCGAUAGCGAAACCAUACCACCAGUCUACGGCAUCCCACCAGAGUUGCCAGGACAGGAACACUCACACGUUCUUAAUGACCGUCUCAUAGCCCUUGCGCCCGCCGUCCUCCCCCCGCUCGUCGACUGGGACUCCCUCCACACCGUCGUGCCCUGGUGUCGCGACCCGCCAGAGUUCCCCAGCAGCGACACCCUCUGGACACAUCUUCGCCACGCAGCGCCCUCACCAGACGCCGAGCCUCCAACCACCAUCCUCACCUUUACCGGGCGCAUUCGUGGCUCAGAAGGCGCGUCGUUCACAGGCGGCGUUCUGUCUGCUGCCGACUACGAUGCGAACGACGGGCGGGAGCAGAUUUACAGUGUGUACGUCUUCCAGCUGGAGCCUGUGGUGCAUUGCAAGAAGCUGGUGGGGCAGGAGUGGCGGAGGGGGCCGAGCGGGGAGUUGGUGUUCGAUGGGGCGAGUUUGGCGGACUGGAGGAUGGAUGUUGAGGCGAGGGUUGUGGGAAUGGAGGGGGACACCGUGGUUGAACUGGAGGGUUUGGAGGUUUGGAGAGAUGGGUAG